UUGAUAUAUUUAUUGGAAGACUUUAUAUUUUCUUUUGGAAAAUUUUAAAGGUCGGAGACACAAUGUUGCAAGCUGACUUACAUACUGAUGGUGGGAUUUCUCAAGGCAAUCAAAGUGGCGGUGCAGUAAAGUUUUCAACCAAAGAGAAUCAAGGUGGUGGUGCAACUUCCGCGCAGAGGAGUCAUCCAGUGGUUGAGGGAGUUGGGUUGCCAAUUAAUGAUCCGGUUUCUGUUGUUGAUGUGGAUAAAGAAACGAGAGUUAAAAGUGAUGCACAAACAGAUGGAGUGCCCAUAACACCAAUCCAUUUAAAAUUUGAUGAAUCUCAGCAAACCGGUGAUAUGGAGAAUGCUAAUGCUGAAUUUACCACAUCAGAGGAAAUGAUAGCGGACUUGCUAGUCACCUGUCCUUUAGCAUGUGUUAUUCCUCUCGGUCCCCCUCCAGUACCACGCGAUGAUCAAGCCGAUUUGUCAAGUUUAAGGACCCCUCAGAAUCCGGACGAUAACCCGGUAACGAUCUCUCAGUGGAUGAUUCCUGAUUCUCAGAUACCAAUCCAACUUGGAGUACAACCAACAACUGGACAAAGUUCAACUAAUGAAAUUGAACAACAAGUUGGAGUACAACCGAUCGUUGGCCACAGUUCAAGUGAUGAAACUGGACAACAAGUUCCUGGGCUACCCGAGAAAGGAAACCAAGCAAAUACAACCUGUCCCCUUACUGUCUCAAUUUAG